UGUUGUCAAGACGGUAACAGCGAGGUAUAUAGUUGAUAAACUAAAACUCGUACAAAAAUCAUGACGAAGACAAUUGUUUCAUUUAUCACUUGUGUUCUUUUAUAUAAAUUCUAUGAUGCAUCAUUCAUUAGGUCACGAACUUUUGUUGCGGAUACUGCCUUGAACGGAUACAAGUGCCAUGAGGAUAAUAUCAUUUUCUAUAAAACUGGCAACGCCAUUGCAUGUGCAAUAAAUUGUAUGGAUGACAUAGCUUGCAAGAGCAUGGUGUUCUAUCAAGAGACUCGCCAGUGUAUUGGAUGCAGUUCUUUCGAGGGAGUUAAUGGACAGAACAGUUCAAAGUUUUACAUACGUGGACAUGAGUAUAUCGGAUGUUACUAUGACCAACCUCGUAUUCUAAGCGGAUCUACCGUACGUAACACAUCAAUGACUACACAAUUUUGCCUUAACUUCUGUCUCAGCGGAGGCUAUGAGUACACAAUGACACAAUAUGGUAAAGACUGCAUAUGUGACCAUACUGCUGAAAUCGCCCAGUUGCAGGCUCAGAAGAGACAGGAGAGUGAGUGUGAUUAUACCUGUGCUGGAGAUGCGAAUCAGAUAUGCGGGGGAUUUUAUAUUGGCUCACUUUAUCGUACAGGAUUGUAAGGAAGGCAGUUUAUGUUUAUAAGAGUUUCAGUAAUUAAUUUGGAAUG